AUGAGAUCGAUGUUUCGUCUUCGCGAUCCAGCGGAAUACGUCUUCAAAGCUAAACAUCGAUGGGUUGGUCCGAUAAUGGGAAGAACAGACGAUAGAUUGACACUAGAAACUCUAAAAUCGAUUUCUCGCGAAGCAAAACGUCCUCGAGAGAGGCCACCGACCAGAUGGGCUGACGUGUUCUUUGCACGGAUGGACCAUUUGAAUUUCCAGCUGGUAACGAGAGCUAGCGAGAGGCAGAAAGAGAUGGAAGCAAUACUGGGGCCAGCACGACGAGUAAAGACAGGCUAUCUAAGUGAGUAG